GUAUUGGCACACUCUGUAGUCCCUGCACUCAGGAGGAGGAGGCAGGAGGAUAGCUAAGAGUUUGAGGCCAGCCUGGUAACUUCCAAGCCGAGGAGUACCACGCAGACCCUGCCUCAAAAAGCAUUCUGGGAAGAAACAGAGACUAACCAUGUGGGUGGACGGAAAGUGUGCUAAAAUUAGGACCAGAAGAGAUGGAGAACACCCAAACGUACAAAACUGACAAAACAGGAAGGGAAGAGGAGAAAGUAGCUCACGGGGGCAGAUGGGGAGCCAUCUGAGAGCACAGCAGCGCGGCAGCAGCCUGGUAGCUGCGGCGGGCGGCAGCCGAGCCUCUGAGCAGCAGCGGGAGUGGAGGACUGGCUCCGAGCGGGAGCGAGCUGGCCUGAGCAGAUCCCCCAGGCCGCCGUGGCCAGCACCCUCCAUCCAGACCUCCCGAGAGCGGACGGGACAGGUACAGGAAGAAGCUCACUAUGGCUCCAGUCCCCUGGCCAUGCUGACAGCAGCUUGCAGCAAAUUUGGUGGCUCCAGCCCUCUGCGGGACUCAACAACGCUGGGAAAAGGAAGCACGAAGAAGCCACCGUACUCCGACCUUUCGGCUGCCAAAACCAUGGGGGAUGCCUACCCAGCUCCCUUUUCAGGCACCAAUGGACUCCUCUCACCUGCAGGCAGUCCUCCAGCCCCCACCGCUGGCUAUGCCAAUGACUACCCACCCUUUCCCCACUCCUUCCCUGGGCCGACCGGUGCCCAAGACCCUGGGCUACUAGUGCCCAAGGGGCACAGCUCCUCCGACUGCCUGCCUAGUGUCUACACCUCGCUGGAUAUGGCACAUCCCUAUGGGUCCUGGUACAAGGCAGGCAUCCACGCAGGCAUCUCGCCAGGUCCCGGCAACACACCCACUCCUUGGUGGGACGUGCACCCUGGGGGCAACUGGCUAGGUGGAGGGCAGGCCCAGGGUGAUGGGCUGCAAGGGACACUGUCCACAGGCCCUGCCCAGCCUCCACUGAACCCCCAGCUGCCUACUUACCCAUCUGACUUUGCCCCCCUUAAUCCAGCUCCCUACCCAGCGCCCCACCUCUUACAACCGGGGCCCCAGCAUGUCCUACCCCAAGAUGUCUACAAGCCCAAGGCAGUUGGCAACAGCGGGCAGCUGGAGGGGAGCGGGGCAGGCAAAGCCCCUCGGGGUGCAGGCGCGGGGGGCAGCGGCGGGUAUGCGGGCAGCGGGGCGGGCCGAUCUACCUGCGACUGCCCCAACUGCCAGGAGCUGGAGCGGCUGGGGGCGGCGGCGGCCGGGCUCCGGAAGAAGCCCAUCCACAGCUGCCACAUCCCGGGCUGCGGCAAGGUCUACGGCAAGGCCUCGCACCUCAAGGCGCACCUGCGCUGGCACACGGGCGAGCGGCCGUUCGUCUGCAACUGGCUGUUCUGCGGCAAGAGGUUCACCCGCUCGGACGAGCUGGAGCGCCACGUGCGCACGCACACCCGGGAGAAGAAGUUCACCUGCCUGCUCUGCUCCAAGCGCUUCACGCGGAGCGACCACUUGAGCAAACACCAGCGCACCCACGGGGAGCCGGGGCCCGGGCCGCCCCCGAGCGGCCCCAAGGAGCUCGGGGAGGGCCGCAGCGUCGAGGAAGACCCCCAGCCGCCCCGGCCCUCCACCUCGCCCGCGCCCCCCGAGAAAGCCCCCGGAGGCAGCCCGGAGCAGAGCAGCCUGCUGGAGAUCUGAGCUGCGCGCGCCGGCCCGCAGCUCGGGGCCUGCCGGGCCCUCGGUGCGGAGGACCGCUGCUGGCCUCCGUCCUCCCUAGGCAUGCUGUACUUCUGUCCGCCACCGCCCCCUCCCCGCCGUCUCCUCUCCCUGUCACCAGUCCCCGCCGCCUCCUCGCAGGCCAGGGCGCGCCAGCCUCCUAAACCUCCUCUCUGCCCCUGUUCACAGAUCCCCUCCCUUCCCUUCCGUUUGGGCUCCCAUCACUGUCUCCUCAUGAACUCUGCCAUCUAGUCUUCUGUCCCCAACCUCAUUUGCCACUUCCCCGCAGCCCCCAGGCUAUCUUCCCGACCUUCCUCUCCCCUCCCCCCCCCCCCCCCCCCGCUUUCCAUUCCCUUGAGCUUUUUUUUUUUUUUUUUUAACAAACACAAUGAUGAUGAUAAUUUAUUGCCCCCUGGUGGGUUCUUCGUCAGGAGCCGGAGUUAGGGAGAUUGGUGUUAGCAACCCGGCUGCGAGCAGAGUGCCAAGAACGGGCAGACCAGUGGGGAUCUGAUCCCAACGAUGGGGUGACCCCAGGGUCAGGGAGGCUGCCCCAGUCUUGAUUACUUAACCCCUGAGCACCAGGAGUAAAGAGUAGUACUAAUAAUAAUAAUAAUUCUAUUUAUCUAAGUUAUCGUGACGGGUCAGGUGGAGCGAGCUGGAGGGGGAAAGGGGCCAUUCUUUACUCUUGGCUAAGGAGGUUCUAGUCGAGUGCAUCUCUGUACAGAGCCAUAGUGGAGACCUUGUUCGAAGGUUUCUGUCACGGCGGCCUCUUUCUCAGCGCAGUUCCAGCCCCAGCCAGAAGCUGUGAAACGUCCUGUCCUGCGGAGGGGGGGCCGGAAUGUACCCCAGCUCUCUCCACCGUCCCUCUUCUCGCACCCUGUGACCUCAUCAGGCUAGCCCCUGCUGUCAGGGUUCUGGAGCGCUUGCCGCUGCCGCUUAGAUGUGCUCUUUGGGGGACAGCCCACCUGACAGGAGGACUUUGGUUUGGAGGUGCCCCUCCUGAAAAGCAGGUGGGGAAAGGCUUUCUCUGGGAUCAAAUUCAAAUAAAUCAAGUAUUUAUUGAACGCCUACUAUGUGCAAGGCCUGGUGCCUAGAAGCCAUGAGAAAGGAUUUAUAGCAGGACAGAGGUUCCUAAACUGAUUUGGGGGUACAGCCACAGGCCCCCAUCUAGGAGUUUCCGCUCCUUUCCAGUGACUUUUAAAGCCGCUUUGUGCCUUUGAAUGCCUUUCCUGAGACUUUUGGAUCUUCCUCUUCUGUCCUCUGCUCCUUCUAUAGGCCCCAAGAUAGAGGGUAAAGCAGUGGAUUGUGGGAAGAGCGAAACAUCGUUGAAAGGAUCAUCCCCUUGUGGAGUCUUUCUUUUUUUUAAUUUAAUAAAUAAAAGUUCGAUUUGA